UUGAGUUUUGCAGUGGAAGAACCAGAAAGCUGUAGCUAUGAGCCAUCGUCGAGCGUACCACCACCACCGUCAGCAGCAGCUGCAGCAGCAACAGACGAUCUUCUGUCAUCGUCGGGUGCAGGAGCGUUAGCUGACGCCUAUCCAUCAACGAGUAGUACCACAGAUAAUAUUUUCGAAGAAAAAACGUUUCGCAGUUGUCAGCAGUUAUCACGGAAUAUAAGACGCCGUUGCAAAUUCCUUCUUUCGCCGAGCAUUUCACGCAAGUUGCUGCGGAUUGCUUUAAAGCAACCAGUCACAUUGAAUCGUCUAGGGAUAAGUUCAGUGAAAGUGGGUGAAUCGGAUCUGUUAUCGGUUGCUGUAAGUGAUGCGGCUUCGCUGAAUCUGCUCUCACUCUCAUAUCCAAGUGCUGCUGCGGUUCCCGAAAUGAAUUCCCUUGUUGGUAUACCAGUAGAAGGUGCGGUUGCUGCCGAUCAUGCACGUCUCGCCUAUGAUACUUAUCAAGGAGAAACUAGCCGACAUGAAUUGGCACCGUCAACUUCUACUGGUCGUGCAGCGGGGAAGCGGAAAGUAACAGCGCCCUCAUUUGACGGCGAUAUGUAUUCAACACCGGCUGCAAUGCAUGGCCGUUUGGAAAUGGCAGCAGCUGCACCACCGCCAAUGGCCGCAGUGGCUUCGACGAAGCAGCAGCCAGCCGCUAAUACGAAUAGUCCAACGCUCGUCAAUCUACUGAGAAGUUCAUCACCUGGUGCUAGCGUGGCCGUGGCAAGCAUUCACAACCCGCAGCACGUGCACAUGCAGCGUCCUUCUGCUGUCCCUCUAAUGCAGCACAUGGCAGCACCAUCGCCACAAGCUCAGGGAACAACUGCUGUUGGCUAUUCGCAAUAUUCGUAUGUGAGUCAGGGCAGUGCUGGUCCAUCAGUGCAGCCGUGUCGCAUGCGUGCAGCAACUCCGGUGGAAGCUUCUCAUUUAACUCCUACCUCAAUGCAUUCGCAUCCUGAACAGCAGCAACAGCAGCAGCAGCAACAAAUACGGCCAAUGCAACAAGAGGUACUGUCAUUAACUUCCAAGAGUACCAGGUUUUCACGGAUGAUGUGGAAAUCCAGAUGCGCUAGCACACCUUUUGUUCAUUGAAG